CCUCCAGCUCCGGCCCGUCCAUCCUUUUCCCGCAGGAUCCUAAGGCGCCGGGCCGGUGCUCCGCCCACGCCACGCCUACCGGGCUCCGCCCAGCGGUUUGAAGCGCCUGGGACCACAACCCCCUCGGAGUCGCGCGCGAGGCGUGAGGCGGUGCUGAGGAUCUGGGGCCACGGGCAGCUAGACGCCGCGACUGUCCAGCGAGCGAGCGAGCAGCGGGAACCCGCAGCCACCGCAACCCCGGAGCCACAGCCGCAUCCGCCGUCCGCGGAGCUCAGCCCAACCGGCCAUGGCGCUUUCGAUGCCCCUGAACGGGUUGAAGGAGGAGGACAAAGAGCCCCUCAUCGAGCUCUUCGUCAAGGCCGGCAGCGAUGGCGAAAGCAUCGGGAACUGCCCCUUUUCCCAGAGACUCUUCAUGAUCCUUUGGCUCAAGGGAGUCGUGUUCAGUGUCACGACCGUUGACCUGAAAAGGAAGCCUGCAGAUCUGCAGAACUUGGCUCCCGGGACCCACCCACCGUUCAUAACCUUCAACAGCGAAGUCAAAACGGAUGUAAAUAAGAUUGAGGAAUUUCUUGAAGAAGUCUUAUGCCCGCCCAAGUACUUAAAGCUUUCACCAAAACACCCAGAGUCGAACACUGCUGGAAUGGACAUCUUUGCCAAAUUCUCUGCUUACAUCAAGAACUCAAGACCAGAGGCUAAUGAAGCGCUGGAGAGGGGACUCUUGAAAACGCUGCAGAAGCUGGACGAGUAUCUGAACUCUCCCCUGCCUGACGAAAUCGACGAGAACAGCAUGGAGGACAUCAAAUUUUCUACACGUAGGUUUCUGGAUGGCGACGAGAUGACAUUGGCAGACUGCAACCUGCUGCCAAAGCUCCACAUUGUCAAGGUGGUGGCCAAAAAAUACCGCAACUUUGAUAUUCCUAAAGGCAUGACGGGCAUCUGGAGAUACCUGACCAACGCCUACAGCAGGGACGAGUUCACCAACACCUGUCCCAGCGACAAGGAGGUGGAAAUCGCAUACAGCGAUGUCGCCAAGAGACUUACCAAGUAGACAGCACUUUGAGAGAGAUUCCUUCAGAUUCCCCCAAGAAUACGCUUUCCUAACAGACUGCUCCGCCUCCUCUAAAGUAGAAGUGUAUUUUGCAUGAACACGCAGUUACUCAAGACUAGGAUCAAGGGUAGACAAAGCAAGCCUGUCCAGUACACACUCCCGAGCAGUAUUAUUCUAAACUCCUCUGUCCCGCCCACAUGCCCCGCCCCGCCCAUCUGCUGCCCUCCAGGUUGGAGGCACUUUCCACAAGCGCGUCACCCAAGAGGCAGUUUGCUGUUCCUCUGGAGCCCUGACCAUCAGGUCCAUUCUGUGUAGAUGGCAGAACUUGAGGGUCAGUGUUUGGCCGUUAGAAUAGUGGCCGCGACAUCAGUGGCCACGCCGCUGUGUGCGUGAUGCAGGAAUAUUUAUAGGGGUUGUGAUAUUGAGUAGGAGUCUGGAAGGGUUACUACUCUUUCAGACAUGCUGUUUCAGUGUAGUCUCUUGGAGUGUCCAAGGAGCCUGCCUCUGUAGAGACGCUGGUUUCUUGGGAGACACUUAAUUUUGCCUAAAAUGUGUCAUUUGAAUAAAUUGUAACAUCCCAUACUACAUACAUAGCAAGUGACAGACUGAGGGUUUUGAAGGCAUUUUCAAAAUGCCAAGAGAAGAUUGGGCAGAGUCUGUAUCUACCUUACCUGCUGUGAGGGCACCACCCCAGGCUGCUCAUCCGUCUAUAGCAGUAUUGCUGCCUUGGUUGUAACAGACUUUUCUCUUUUUGUGGUGCUUGGGAUGGAACUCAGGGCUUUGUGUAGACGUGACAAGGCUCUGCCCCCAGCUGCACCAAGCCCCGCUUCCCUCUGUGUACAAAGCUCCUUUCUUGGGUGACCAAUAUUUUCCUGUCUUUGAGCAAUGAAGCCUUUACUCUGGAGAGGGGGUGAGGACUGGGUCUUCCAGGCCCCGCGCUCCUGCCCCACCUCCGUUUGCAUCAGACUAAGGGAAAGGUCCUUCACUUCUCUUGGGAUAAAUUGUGGUUGUCUUAGUGAGUGUGUAUUUCCAGAGUUUUGCCUAAUGUCAGUCACCGCAUAGCAGGAGAGCCCUCUGUGGCUUUCUUGCACGUGUUUUGAGACAGGGCAUAACUCUGAAGCCCUGGUUGACCUGGAACUGGAUAGGUGACCAAGCUGGCCGCAGACUGCUGGGCGCCCUCCUGCAGCCUCCUGGAUGCUUGCUGUGACUGGCCUGCACCACCAUAUCUGGCUUGUUUCCUCAUUUUUAUAAACAAAAGUAUAAGCUAAAAGUUGUCUAACAAAGGAGAAUGAACUUGGUAAAAACAGAGGCCCACCCCUCCCACCCAAACAAAACGGCCUUCCUCAGAGUACUCCAGAGCCUGCUCUGACUUUGUGUACCUUGCUACUUUUUUUGGUGAUAUUAGAGCCGUCUCACUCCCCUGUGUGCUGCUCUUCGGUGGCCGUGCUCUCUCUCCCCUCUGCUGUGCUAACACUAAUAAACGGCAGCCUUACGGAAGCAUUCUGACUCAGCAGCUCCCUUUUAAAACUGACCAAUAAUUGACUUAGCCCCGGGGGUCAGGGGUCAGGGGUCAGGGAAAGCUUGACAGAGGUUUCUGUGGCUCAGGGAUGCCAUAGCCCCAGGUUUCACCCUUAUGACUAAUCAGGGUGUAAGCACCCUCCACUGUGCAAACUGGGUGGUGGUCUGUCUGGUUCUAGGAGACUCUCCUUUGAGAAAUGGCCCUGCAGUGUCUCUGUGGGUGGAAGUGUCCCAACUUUGCUUAGUGAUGACGUGGCCCUGGGUGACGCUGAGUCUUGACUAUUCUAGAGAAGAGGUAUCAGCUCAUUCUGUGAGUGGGCCAGGUGAGGACUCCUGGAUAAGGGCUGUGCUCCUCACAGCAGAGGGUGUGCAGCAGGGCUUCAGUGGGGGUGAAGCGCCCACGCUUGGGCGCUUAUUCCCUGUGGCUUCCUAAAUUGUCUCUUGGUUGCUCUUGCUGUCUCUGGAUAUCCAAGGAAAGUCUGUCUAGGUUUUGGCAAAGGCAGAACUGUUUUCCUUUCUGGAGAGACACAGUUUUAUAUCAAGAAAGUCAAACAGAUUUGAGAUUGACAGAUGGACAGAAGCUUUAAAAAGGAAGAGCCCGCAGCAGGCGCUCUGCACUCUGUGUGCCUAGAUCGUGGCUUACGAUCCUGAGAUGUGAACUGUGAAGUCCACGCGGCUGAUGCAGUGAUGGGCUGGGGCCCACCAGCGCCUCCUCCCUCUGCCCUCACUUAGCUUCCUUUAGAAGCCUCCAUCUUGGAGCAGGGGUUCUGAGUGAACUCUGCCUAUUUUCCAGUGGAUACAAAGAAACUAUUAAACAGUGGGAAGUCUGACUGUUUGAAGUACCAUCACUUCCUUUUUGAUAUAGAUACAGACUUUGAAUACAAUGCAAUUUCCUCAGUAACAUUGGCUUUCACAGCAGUUUAUACCGUUAAGAGGUUCUGACUGGUUUACACACUAGGUGGAUCAGCUCUAGAAUUUAGGCAUUUAUACUUUCUCUGAGUUAGACUCUAGAACCUCCUUUGAGUUGCAUGUAGAUAGCAUUUAUUUCUGCAUAUUUAAAAAACCCAUUUAGGAAAUAUUUACAAAGAAAAAAAUGAGAAGUAGAAAUUAUUUUUUCAUGACGAUUUUGGUCCACGCCUCAUCGAGUUGUAACGGAUUCUCCAGUUUCUUGAGCUGGCAAUCUCAACGUUUAGUUCAGAGAAAGAGAGAGAGAGCAAGAGAGCGUUUGUUAGUGGAACUCACAGACUUCUAAAAAAGAUCAUUGUUACAAUUAUCAAAGUGGGGGAAACUAAAAUUACUUUAUUAAGGAAGAAAUAUUCAGUCCCAAGCCAUGAUGCUGAACAGCUUUGGAGUAUUUUAUAGAAUUCCUUGGGUAGGAAUGAAAGCUCAUUACAAAAUGCUUGCAUUUUCUUCUCUCUGGAACAUCAACACCAGUAUAUUGCUGGCAGCUAUUGUAUUAAAAAAAUAAAUAUAUUUUCACUAUCAAA